AUGGCCUUGAUGAACGUUUAUGCUUUUAGGGUGAUCCCCUGGCUUGAGUUCAUUGCCGGAAUUCUGAACGUCUGUUUCGAAAGUGUCAUCCACAUGGGCGAAGAGACGAAUAAUGCAAGACGUGCGGCUCCGGUCGCCAUGUUCUCCUCCGUUUGCGCAAGUGGAGUUCUAGCAUUUAUCAUGCUGUUCACAUUAGUCAUCUGCAUGGGACCUCUCGACGAAGUUCUUAAUUCCGCUAGCCCUUUGGUCACACUUCUAUACACUUCCACUGGCUCUCCCAAAGCAGCAACUGCCAUGAUCUCCGCUCUGUCUCCUUCCGUCUCCCGUCUCACAUGGGCUUGGGCUAGAGACGGCGGACUACCUCAUUACUUUGGUUACGUUAGUGCAAAGCACCGCGUCCCAGGCAGAGCUAUCUUACUAACCGUGACAAUCAUUGCCAUUUUCUCCCUGCUCAACCUCGGCAGUACAACUUAUGUUGUCUUUGGCGCUAUUGUCUCACUCUCAGCAUUCGCCAUGUACGUCAGCUACGCGCUUGUUCUCAUGUCCAUAUUGUAUGCACGACGCACGCACAACGUUCAGCUUGGCGAAUGGAAUUUGGGGCGCUGGGGUGUUUAUAUCAACUCCUUUGCCCUGGUGUACACCCUAUGGGCUAUGCUCUUCAUUAUCUUCCCAACAACCUUGCCAGUGGAUGCCCUCAACAUGAACUACAGUGCUCCCGUCUACGGCAUCGUGCUCGUCGUGGCAAUUACUCUUUAG